CCCAGCAAGCAUAACGUUUAAUUUGGGGGAGAUUACAUUGUAGCGUGGCCUGUUACAGAAUAGCCUACAAGAGCAAUGGCAUGCUCUUGUAAAACAUCCGAGCUCGUGCUAAAAGUGGGAUCUCACGAUUGUUCAGGCUAAUAAUAUUCCUUGUUUCUCUGGUUUUGUAGGUUUUCGACUCGAACUGAAACGCUUUGGGGGGAAAAAAAAACCCAUCUGUGGUUUCUGCGUGGACGUUUGUUCCUGUCUCGCCCCAUUCCGCCUAAUCGCAGCAGAUGGAGGGUUGCUGAGAGCCGGGGAGUGAGAUCAGCAUCUUUUCACCCAGUCGAGGCAGCAUCGGAACAGCUGCAGCCGCUCGCUCCCUCUCUCCAGAUCACUCUCUCCCGUACGCGGGAAAGAACGGAACGGAACACUAUUUUACAGCAAGGACCUUUCCUUCUCCGGUAGAUUCAACGAAUUUUAUGAUUUGCAACCUAGACUUAAAUUCUAUUUGCUCAUGGUUGUAACCUCGAUGGUGGUCUUGCUAUCGGCGCCAAGGGGAGAUGUAUAAAGUGAUUCGUUGGAGGUGGGUUGUAAAAAGCCGUAGCAGCGCUGUGCUGACUGACAAAGCGACAGACCGACAGAGCGAGGAGAGGAGAGCAGAGGAGCUGUCCAUAGGCUGGUGGUGCUGAUGCGGCGGCUCUGAGAAAAGCAGAGAAACCGAGCAUGGCUGCAGGGAAGCUACUGCUCUACGCCGGCCUGUCCCUCUCUCUGUGCGCCCUAGGAAUGCUAGCAGUGGCGAUCUGUUCCGACCACUGGUACGAGACUGACGCGCGGAGGUAUCGGGAGCGCUGUCGGAGCUUCUCCAGCCGUAAGAACCCAGGCUUUAUCUACAUCCCCAACAACAGCCUCCCUCUGCGGGCUAGCCGCUCCAGACUGGACCGCUGGGAGGACAAGCUGCUCCUAGCCCGGAACAGAAGGCAGCUGUUCGCUAUGUCCGCCGCGGACGAGUGUAGCAGGCAGUACAACUCCACCAACAUGGGACUGUGGAGCAAAUGCCACCGACUGGGCUUCGACCAGGACACAGAAGACCUCAUUCGCAAAGGUUCCAUUGCCAGAUGUUCCUACAUCAAAUACCACUACUCUUCAGCAACGAUACCCAAGAACCUCUCGUAUAACAUCACAAAGACCAUACGACAAGAUGAGUGGCACUCUUUGCACCUGAGGCGGAUGACGGCAGGCUUCAUGGGCAUGGCUGUAGCCAUCAUUCUGUUUGGCUGGACAAUAGGUGUUCCUCAUGGGUUCUGGGAUUCUGGGAUGCUGAAGAGGACAGCACAGAUACUGUUCCUCAUGGGAGGCACCUUCUGCAUAAUCUCUCUCUGUACCUGCGUGGCGGGGAUCAACUUCGAGCUGUCCCGUUAUCCUCGCUAUCUGUACGGCCUGCCGGACGACAUCGGCCACGGCUACGGCUGGUCUAUGUUCUGCGCCUGGGGAGGUCUGGGGCUCACCCUCAUCGCUGGUUUCUUCUGUACCCUGGCUCCCUCCGUCCAGCCCAUCCCUCGAUCCACCUGCCCCAAGUCGAGGCAGGAGAACGGGACGGUCUGCUAGAGGGACUGGGAUGGAGGAUAGAGGGACUGGAGGUCCAGUCCUGGAUAGAUAGCUGGCUACACCUUUAACCACACAGGACAGCCGUAACAAAAGAGAAUUUAACAAACAAAAAUGUAACAAUGAGUUGACAAAUCCAUGCAUUCAUUUAAUUAAUAAUUUUCCUGGCCACUUAAAGACAAUGUUUUGUUUUGUCUUUGUUUAAAGUGUGUGUGUGUGUAUAAACAUGUUUAAAGUGUGUGUGUGUGUAUAAACAUGAUCUGGUUUCUUGAAAAACAAUUGUUCGUUUUUUUAAACACACGAACUGACAGAAAAAUCUAAUCAUCGAUCUGAAGUUGUGCUGAAGGGGGGAGGGUUUGUAGUCGGGGAGCGGAUGUUGUGAUGCUUGAAAUGGAUGUACCAUGAAACGGCCUUCUCUACUGGGGGGAACGAGAGGAACCUUUCAGUAAUGAACGAUGACAGACGAUGGACAACGAGGGAUGGUAGUGACAACAACGGGGGGACAUAUUGGACAUGGAACUUUUCAGCAGGAACAUUAAGUCUGAAUCUCAGAGGAACUCAUCAUGGUGACCAGCCUCUACCCCUUCCACAACAAGGGAUGGGAGUUACAAGAACAACAGUCUGAACCUCAGAGGAACUAACUCAUCAUGGUGACCAGCCUCCACAACAAGGAGAAUAAUUGAAUCUCUGUUGUUGCUGAGGGGAGGACGGCUCAUCAUAAUGGCUUGAACGGCGCAAAUGGAACGGUAUCAAACACAUGGAAACCAUGGAAACCAAGCCAUUCAAACACAUGGAAACCAAACCAUUCAAACACAUUGAAACCAAACCAUUCAAACACAUGGAAACCAUGGAAACCAAGCCAUUCAAACACAUGGAAACCAUGGAAACCAAACCAUUCAAACACAUGGAAACCAUGGAAACCAAACCAUUCAAACACAUGGAAACCAUGGAAACCAAACCAUUCAAACACAUGGAGACCAUGGAAACCAAACCAUUCAAACACAUGGAAACCAAACCAUUCAAACACAUAGAAACCAUGUGUUUGAUACCAUUCCACCUAUUUCCUCUCAAGCCAUUUACCACGAACCCGUCCUCCCCAAUUAAGGUGCCACCAACCUCCUGUGUCGAAGAGGGUUAAAUCAACACUAACUGAGAGGGGUCAAAGGUUGAAGUAUUAUAAACAGCACAUCCUGUUCUAAAGAGACACCUCAGCUUGUUGGAGACUUCAGAUUGGACUAGCUGUGUGUUCCUCAGAUCUACUCUGGCUCAUUGGACUGGCUGUGUGUUCCUCAGAUCUACUCUGGCUCAUUGGACUGGCUGUGUGUU